UGUAUAUGUUGUGUAUGUUGAUAUCUGUCACUGCUUUUAUAAGGUUAGCUUAUCUAUCCAACCGCGUAAGGCGGAAGUCAACGGAAUCCCUGCGUUUUUCGAGAGCCGCGGCUAGGAUGACGUCCUGUUUCGAGAAUAUGCAGAUGCCGUCCUGCGUCUGGUUCGAGGGCGGUGAAAAGAGAAACGCGCUCAUUUCGAUGCUUGCAGGCACACUGUUUUUCGUAGGAUGGUGGUUUAUAAUAGAUGCACACGCAAAAUAUCCUGAUGAAAUGUCAAAUGCUUACCAUGUUUGUGGAGUAUUUGGUACUAUAUCACUCUUUAUGGUCAAUUCAGUAACAAAUGCACAGAUAAGAGGAGAAGCUUAUAAUGGUGGUUGUUUAGGAGCAAGAGGUGCUCGAAGUUGGCUGUUUAUUGGGUUUGUCAUGGGAUUUGCAGCAGUAAUAGCAGCAUGUUGGAUCUUGUUUGCCAACUUCGUAGCAGCAGGUAGUGCACCACAUCAUUGGCCAGGAGUAGGAUUGUUCUUGCAGAAUAUUUUCAUUUUCCUGGGCUCGCUCACAUAUAAAUUCGGUCGAUCCGAGGAUCAAUGGGGUUAAUAGAUGUGCGUGUUGUUGAUGUAAAAUAUUUUUAUUGCCGCAUAGUCAAAUCGGCACCAAGCGAAGCUCAGUUGGAGAAACUCAACAUCAACAUUCGAACAUGAAAUUAAAUUCAAUU